AUGAUCAACAACGGUCAGCUGUUGUGUUUCGCGCGGAUUUUACACGCUUAGGAAUGGAAAACGUUUAUAAGUUCCCGGCAACCGACAUAAUCAAUAUUAAAGAAUUCUUGGAUACGUUCAGAAGUGAAACAUUACUUCAAGGGAACCUGCCGCUACCAGCUUGUGAUGAGGACAUCAAGCGACUGCUCGAAAUAGACGACACCGACACGUACCAGAAGUUGCAGGAAUCGGUUGACUUGGAUGCACAUUUAAGUCAGCCGGACGAUGUGAGGGUGUUUCCGUUCAAGCCAAAAAAUAUAAAAAGCCAACUCCGCAAGCCAAUCGUGGAAAUUCCCAAACAAAGUCUUCACCUCAACACCCUGCGCGAGCUGAUUAUGUAUAAGAAAAAGUUCUACGGCAACCCAUUCGGACCCACCGUAUUCAAUUACGCGCACAACCUGGACCCUUCCGACUGUGGCGAACGAGACCUGAAGCCCUACGAGGAUGUCCUCAUAUCAAUUCGAGUCUAUCAUCCAUUUACCUCAUACCAUGUUGGAAUUUAUGCUAAGCCGAAGUUCUCGCAGGAGUUCAUUGUCCGUGGCCAACAAUAUCUAACCGAACUACGGGAUAAAAUCUCAUGUGCCUGCAAGCGUCCGCUUUAUGAUGUCAGUGAGAAUCCAGAACGGGAUAUUCCGCCGCUGGACGUGGACCCAGGAUUCUUCUUCAUUACCGACACGUUCUACAACGACACACGGAACCCGGCAAAUCCCGACUACUCAGAUGUGAUUAUGAAAUGGGCAGAGACACGGCCGAGGGGCACUUUCACGUCCAAGUUCAAGACCGCGAAAAUGGAGGAGACUAAGUUCCUUGACUUGUUCGUGCGGAUUGGUUUCCCGCAGGUCUACCAGCACUUCGGCAACUGUGAGCAUCUGCUGACGUUCUCGUGGAUCCAACUCAUCUCACCGGGCGACUGCCUGUCCAGCAAGCCGUAUCCAUUAUUGAAGUCGGUGAAGGAGACAAGCAAACCGUCGUGCAGUAUUUGCGGCGAGCGGGAGUACACAUUCGUAGUGCGCGGCAGCAAUCGGCACAUGCAUGACCCGGUGUACAUGUGCCGUAUUUGCUUUAAUUCGUUCCACUACGUGGACGGAGUGAAGCAGGGCAAGUUCCAAGCAUAUUGUGAGAAUCCUGAACCGAUGACGGAAGUGUUGGUUGGAAUGAGUGAAGAUGAGGAGGGAGGUGAAGAGGUGGAUGCUGAAGGAGAUGAAUGAAGCAACUGUUAUGUGUGUGAGAAGAGGGGAAGAAUUGACAACGGCCUCCGUGGCGCAAUCGGCUAGCGCGUUCGGCUGUUAACCGAAAGGUUGGUGGUUCGAGCCCACCCGGGGGCGAUCACUUUUUUUUUCUACUGUUGUAAAAACUUUUCAUUUACGAUCUCAAACUACUGAACUAAAA